AUUCCAAACCACGUCCCGCCAUCGUCAUCCACCACACGAGCUUUCUCCCACGACCAGACAGCGUGCCUACGACCUCCACUCCAUCACGACUCCUUUCGAAGCCCAACGAACUCUCCAGUCCUCAAGACUACACAUCCGAAGCUUUCCCCGAAUACCCCAAGCUCUCCUAAUUCACAAUGACGUCGAUAGGCACAGGUUAUGACCUGAGCAACUCCAUCUUCUCUCCUGACGGCCGCAACUUUCAAGUCGAGUACGCCGUCAAAGCCGUCGAGAACGGCGGCACAUCCAUCGGUAUCCGGUGCAAGGGUGGUGUCGUCCUCGCUGUCGAAAAGAUCAUUGCCUCCAAGUUAUGGAAGCCCAAUGCCAACAAGCGUAUUGCUACCAUUGACAGACAUCUCGGUGUUGUCUACUCAGGCAUGAUCCCCGACGGCCGCCACUUCGUCGACCGCGCCCGCGAAGAAGCCCGCGGCUGGCGCGACACCUUCAAGACCCCCAUCUCCACCGCCGACCUCGCAGCCCGCAUGGGCGGCUACCUCCAAGCCUACACCCUCUACUCCUCCGUCCGUCCCUUCGGCAUUACCGCGAUUGUCGGUGGUUUCGACCCCUCUACCGAGACCCCUGUCGACGGCGAAGUCGGCUCCGGCCCCAAGGUCGGUGCUGGCGGCAAGGACACCACCAAGAAGCACGGUGGUCCCUUCCUCUACAUGAUCGAGCCCUCCGGUCUCUACUGGGGCUACUAUGGUGCUGCUACCGGCAAGGGCCGUCAAGCCGCCAAGGCAGAGCUCGAGAAGCUCGACCUCGCUGACGGCGAACUGACGUUGGAGGACGCCGUUAAGGAGGCUGCCCGCAUCAUCUACGUCGCCCACGAUGAUAACAAGGACAAGGAGUUUGAGCUCGAGAUGAGCUGGAUCAGUGAUAUUGACGGCCCCACCAAGGGCCGCCACGAGGAGGUGCCCAAGGAGCUGCGCGAGGAGGCGGAGCGGUUUGCCAAGAAGUCACUCGAGGGCGAUGACGAUGAUGACGAGGACAAGAAGGAGGACGACAAGAUGGAGGAGUAGGAUACCGACAGCGAGGCGUGACUGGGUCCUGGCAGCAAGACGAUGAGUAGAGCGGUGGCCUUACGACAGAAUGAGACGAAUUCAAGAAAAAAAAAAAGAAAUCUGUCAAACACAACACAGGGGAAGCUGUCGCCGUUUGGGGGAU